UGGAUAACAGAUUUUUAACAUAUUCUAAAAUAGAUAUCCGACCGAUAUGAGCAAUAUCGAAAUGCACCCAUUUUUCUACCAUCAAUGUUCAGAGGAAUCUAAUAUAUAAAUAUCGCAUUGGUAUCCAUAUUACCCAUUCCUAAUCGACUGCAUGCAUGUUUCUGAACUUGAAGUAGCCUUUUCACACCUCGUUGAAGGUACCCUUGUAUUAAUAGGUAUUAUUAAUAGGUAUGUUUAAUAUUAAUAGUUAUCGACCUAUACCGGUAUCGCAUGGUAUUUUUUUUUUAUUUAAAUACAGUAACACAGGUUAAGUAUUUUUAGAGUUUAUCCAUUGCAGACACAGAAUAAAAUCUUUCUUCUUUAUAAUAUUAAUUUAGAUAAAAGGUUAUAUAUAUGUAGGUACGCUUAAUAUAAUAACGACAACUUUUUGCUGUUUACGCGGCUUCGUCUGCAUGGAACCCGUUUUUUUCUAUUCUUAUGGGAAAUUCUUUCUGAAUUAUAUUUCAUAAAAGACAUGUAAAUAAAAAUUUUGUGCUUUCUGACCUAGAGCCUUUGCAUUAGUAGAACAGUCAGUUAAACAGGAAAAUUAAAUUAUUGAAUAUCUGAAUUUUUAAUCAGCUAAUUUCUUUUUUUAAGAAUAAAAUGGCCUGGGGUCUUCCAAAACUACCAGGCUUGACUUUCUCGGAUCCCACCAAAACCCAGUAUCACAUCAGAAGUUCCUUGCGAUACUAUCAAGGUCAUAGAUUCCCUGACACCGUAGUCCGUGGUCCUGGGGGAACCGCUACUGAUGUCGACAGUAACGCUUUCACACUCCCUGAGGAUUCUGUAAACUAUGACCCAUCUCUGACUUAUGGUCGAGUAAAGCAACCGGCAAUGCCUGCCGUGGUACCACAUUGGGUGCAUUACGACAAACGGUGUCUGAAUUUUACCGCGUUCUUCAAGCAACCUGUAUAUGAAAAUCCCGACGAAAACUAUAGAGUUCGAGUGGUCAACAUUGUAUAUUUUUUGGAAGAUGACACACUAACCGUAAUGGAACCAAGAGUGAAGAACUCCGGUCUAUGGCAAGGAAGACUGGUGAAGAGAGGUAAAAUACCGAAGAACGACGUGGGUGAUUGCUGGCACUGGAAAGACUUAGAUAUCGGCAAAGAUAUUUGUAUCUACGGGAAGGUGUUUCAUACAGUCUCCUGCGAUCUUUUCACCAAGGAAUGGUUGGAAUCUCAAGGUUUGGAACUAUCGAAAGAAGAAGAUCUUCCUAUAGAUGCAUAUAUGCAAAAGAAACGUUGGAAAACAGUACGCCCACCUCAAAAGAUGAAGUCACAGGAUGAUCGUUUGCGUCGUUACUUGGAGUAUGAUGGGAAAGUCUUAGCUUUUGACGUUGUAUGGGAUGAUCGAGAGUCCGAAAAUGGUGAUUUACGCGAAUAUAAGCUUCUAUACUUCUUACAAGACGAUACAAUUGCUAUCAAGGAACUGCAUGAUGGAAAAGGAGGAAAAGACCCAUUUCCUUUACUUCUCAAGAAAACAAAGCUGCCCAAGAAAUGGAAAGAGAAGCCAGUGUCCUUUCCAUCGACGGUAAUGGAGAUCACGGACGCCGAAGUAACAGAGUACUACGCACCAAUGGAUUUGAUUGUGGGGCAAACUAUAUUUGUGCUUGGGCGCAGAUUUCUCCUCUGUGACUGCGAUAAUUUCACCCGAAAAUAUUACAAGACGAUGUUAAACAUCGACCAGCCAGCUCGCAUAGAAGUGCGCCAUGAGACAACAAAGGAGUUUCCUAAGAGUCUACCUCCUCAUAUUGGUAUAGGUGCUCCAGAGGAUACAUUACAGUCUUGCUUCGGUCUGAUACCAAAACCCCCACAUAAGGAUAUUAUUAAAUAUAAUCUCAACGCAAACAAGUAUCUCCGUUAUCUUUGCGAGCUGGAUUGGAUCCACCCAGAGGACAAUGGCCGUCGUUUCGUACUAGCUUACAGUUUAGCAGAUGGCACAGUCAAGAUCGGCGAGAUACCGCGACGUAACUCUGGUAUUCGUGAAGGAAAGUUUUUGAAACCGAUGCGGUUACAAAUGCCGGACUCCGACCCUAACUUCCCAACAUACUAUACGCCGGAUAAGUUUUACAUAGGUGCAAUAGUGCCGGUGUUCAAGCACCGCUUCAAGAUUAUCGGCUGUGACUUAUAUGUGUACCGGUACAUGAGCGCCAAUCCGGAGAAAUUCCCGCAGGAGGUGAUCGAUAACGUUAGAAACUACCACAUGCGAGAAGGGAAUCUUAAAGACGAAUUGAAGCAAGCGAUCAACGAAGAACAAGCUGCUGAGACAAGAGCCCAGCUUGCCAAGAUUGGGCAGGCAGCAGUCGCUGAGCCCAAUGCAAUGGAGCGGUGUUUGAUGGCUCUUGACGUGGUCGAAGGCAGUGCGACCCCGCCGCGGCCGCCAACACCGCCGAUGACCACAGACGUCAUAUCAUAUGAUGACUCUUUACGCGUAACUAGACAGAGUAAACCUACUUGCGACGAAAUACUGCCAUUAAAAGGCAUACUAAAAUCAGGGACGGCUCAGGAUGACCACCAGAAGAUGGUGUGCUUCAGCGGGCCGGCGCCGGACGAACACCGGGAACCGCGUGACAAGCCCAUCUACCCGCCAGGACAACAGUCGCACUUUAACGAUAACGACGAUUUCUGUGAGAGGCGCAAAGACCCGAACACAAAAGAACGCGAAGAGCGACGCGCUCGAGAUGAAUGUCCAUACGAAAUCAUACCUAGCGCACAGCUACUCAAUGGUACCGGAGAGGAGAGUAGUGAUAAGCCACAGUUACCAGGAUAUCUUGGAACUUAUGAAGUUGAUUGCAAACAGGUACCAGAGCACAUGCGUCUUUCACCGAACGCGUAUGAAAAAAUUAAGAAGUUACGUAGCGAUGUACCCGAGAUAUCACCAGCAGCUACAAGAGUGUCGCAUUAUCCACAAUUGUCCACAACGGUGGAGUCUUGCGUGAAUCCACAAGAGGCCACAGGACCAUGUGCUCCACGUAAAGAAGAAGAUGUAGCGUUCUCCUGCUCUCACGUUGAACCUAUCAAGCCAUGUUGCGACUCAGACAAAAAAGAAACUUAAUGAAUGCAUAUAUUCAGUGAUUUAGUAUAAUUAUCUUUUUUUUUUUUAUAUAAAUUAUAUUGUUUUUAAAAUGUAUUUAUUUUUACAAUAAUGUACUUAUUUGUUAUGGGCCAAUUAAUUUUCAUAGACUAUCAUAACAUAGUCAAGGCAUAAUAUAGGCAGAUGAAUUGACAAUUAUAAAACCGUUUAAUACAUUAUAAUAAGUAUACUCACAACUAUGAUCCUUAACGGGAUAAUCCGAGGGACACAGUUGCCGUAUGAUGAACAUAACACUUAUCAUGCCUAGAAUGCCAAGCAUUUUAGGUUUCAAUGUGGCAAUCAUUCCGAUUAUUUUGGUUUGUUAUUUAUGUCACAUAAAUUCAUAGUUUUUAUAUAGGGCCGAUCCGAACUCACGAGUUGCGGUCUCGUAAAUUGUGGGUACUACUUACCAUGUAGAUCACGACAGUCAAAUUUAUUACAAAAUGUUAUGGAAUAUCAUAGAAUGUCGAGACGUUAGUACUGUUUAUUUUCUUCACUCUUAAUUUCUAUAAUUAUCAAAUAUUUGUGUUUAUUUUGGUCGCAUAUUAGAUUCCUUUUUGAAAUAUGAACGCUGAUAAAAGAAGAACAAUAUUUUCUCUUCUCUUAUGCGACU